AUUUCAAUCACGUCUCCUCACCGAUUUAUAUACUUUCCAAAUUUCUCGCCACGCCAGUAAAUUUCAUCGGAGUUUAAUGAUCCUCACUGCCAUCAAUACGAAGUUGCAAUUUCGUUACCUCUUUCGUCAGCCCGAACAGCGAUGCGCACAAAAAUUCCUCCAGCAUUUGAUUCAGAAUUGGAAUUUUCGUUUGAAGUCAGAGAAACAGCAACCGGGACAAUUUCAACCCUUGGACGGCACACGCUCCCGAUGCCUCGGAAAGGGCUAUGGGAAGAUGUCAAAACCACCGCGUAGAUCGUUCUUCAAUUUCUGUAAAUCUUUAAUCAAGAUUAAAGAAAAACCCAGCAAGUGUUCCCCUUGUCCAUCUGCACCCGAAACUGAAGAGACCUUCUGGGAUUAUCUUUUCAAGUUCGAUGAUAACAGACUGAAACCGGAUUCAUCAAAAUGCCGUAUCGCUUAUCAGCACCUGAAAGCAUGUAGAAAAACUGACUCUAGACUUUCUGAUCCGCGUUAUCGUCCUACCCAAGGUGAUGUGCUCCUUUUCACAGAGCCUCAAAAACCAUUUGUAGGAUUCAAGUUGACGGAGCCGGAACCAAACCCUCCACCCUCCUACAUCCCUCCGAAAGUGGUGAUAUUACAAAGAUCUUCUCAAAUCUCGUCCAUUCCAUCGGCGUUAGCCUGUACCGGUCGAAAAAAUGAAUACAUGGCGAGAUCACGAUCGUGUUUCGAUCCUCGUCCUUUCCGGGUCCCCUUCGAAGAAUGCCGUCCACCUCGGAUGAGAACUCGUGAGUCAUUUUAUUAUGACCGAGGUAUCUCGGAAGAACGAUUUGUCGAAAAGAUCUUUGAUGCAAAAGCUACCAUUUCGCGAUCCCAUAAAUCUCUAUGCGAUUCUAUUGUCGAUAUCAGAAAGCUUUCGCAGCUACAAAAAUUACGCCAACUCACCAAGCUCGCACAUUGUAACAAAGAUCCUGCUUCUGAGGAAUCACCUAAAGAGCGGUAAAGGGCAAUGAGCAUUUGCCGCAUUUUCGAUCAUAUAGGUACGUUAGUUUACGUUAGCCUCGCGUGAUCGAAUCAGUCAAUGUAUCAAAAUGCGCCUAUGAUGAUCUAUGCCUCACCUUACGUAUUUAUUAGGGUCGCCCAAUAAAACUCGACUAUUAUUUUUUGCGUCUGCUAUAAAAAUCUGUCAGUUUAACAUGUUUCAAGAGCCCCCUCCAAAGAUCAGCUCGAACAAAAAAUUU